AUGAAAUGCAUCAAUUUCUUUUGCAUCUCAAGUUUGGUUCUCAUUUCCAGUUUCUUGGUUUUUUCCUCCAGUGCAGCCGUUUUCACCAUCCAAAACCAAUGUGCCUACACCGUCUGGGCAGCAGCUAUCCCUGGCGGUGGCCGGCGACUGGAUGCUGGCCAAACCUGGACGAUUGACGUGAUUUCAGGCACAAACGGAGGCCGUGGUUCAGGCUACACCAUCACAUUCUGCCCUGCUUCUUCUGACUCCAGCGAAGUUCCAACUCCAAGCAAUCUUCCUGGAGAUGCUAGAAAUGUAAUUAGGCCUGGUGAUAAAUUGAACUCUUCUUCGAAGCUUGUUUCUGAAAAUGGCAAUUUCACAUUAGGAUUCUUCACAGUGCUACAAACUAAUUUGAGUUAUUUAGGCAUAUGGUAUUCAGCUGAUGAACAAAGAAGGGUAUGGGUUGCCAAUCCAGACUCUCCUAUAGCAAAGGCCGAUCGCGAAAUCGAAUUAGUCAUGGAAAAUACGGGACGAAUUAUGAUUUUCAGUGGAGGAAAGUAUAUCAGAUUUGUCACACAUCAAGAUUCAGGGCAGUUGGUUAUCCGGAGGCGCGGUGUGAUUUAUUGGACUAGUGACCCUUGGAAUAACCAAGGUUUCCCAUUACUACCUUUACUAAAUGCCUCUUCCAAUCGAUUUGUCGAAAAACUGAAUUUAACAUCUGCUGAUGAUGGCAUGUUCUUCACUUUUGAAACAAUGGGUACAAGUUUAUCAAUGUUAACCUUGUCUCCAGAGGGUCAAAUUGUUGAUGUUGCAAAUAAUGGGCUUAUUGUUAGUCCUUAUAAGGAUUUUUGUUAUGGGUAUGAGAGGGAUAAUGGCUGCGCGAGUUCAGGAUUGCCUACUUGCCGGAGCAAUAAGACUGCCUUUCAAAGUAAGAGUGGGAGUUUUGUCGGAGAUAACGGUGACUCUGAUGCUAAUUCAAGCAUCAGCCUCAGUGAAUGUAUGGAAAAAUGUUGGAAAGAUUGCAACUGUAAUGGAUUUACAGUUAAUAGCAAUGGUACUGGUUGUAUAACUUGGACAAAAACGAAGAAGUUUCGCAUAGAUGAGUCUGGUCAAACUAUGAAAAAAUAUGUGCUGGCUGCAGAAAUAAUUGGAAAAUUAUCCAAAGGUAAAUCUGUGGGUAAAAGAUGAUCAAACUCUGUUAUUAUUCCUGAUCUUCUCGUGGAAUUUGAUUGAACUUAUGUAUCAAAUAGUGUAUAAUUUUGGUUACCUUGUUGCUUGGAUAGGAAGAGCAUGGAUGUGGGUGGUUGUUGCAAUAUCAGCUGUCAUUCUUCCGUUGCUGCUUGGGUUCAUAUGCUAUAUCAAGAUUAAAAAGCAUAAAGUAAAAGGUAAUCAUCAACUCAUCAUAAUCCACAUCUCUCUCAUUCUCAUUUUUUAGAUGUCUCUAAAAUGAUGCAUAACUUCUGUACGGUAGAAGCAGAGAAACGACGGCGUGAAGAAUACUUACGUCAGUUGACAGCUUCCGAGAGCUUUAAAAACGUUGAUGACACG